AGCACCGGUCACUCCCCACCGCCAAUGGCCUGCUCGCCCCAACCGGCUGCUCUGGGACUGCCUGUCAAGCCAAGCUCCUCGCGUCUACCGGCUCCCUUAUCACUCACUAUAUCUUCUCUACUCUACCUUUCUGCAGAAACAGCCUGGCGUUACGUCAGACCCGGGCAAAAACCGCAGGGCAAGCAAGUCGGCGUCUAAGGAGCUAGGCAUUGCUGCCAAACCCGGGUUAAGGCUGCUCACUCACAGCUCAGCGUUCAAUGUCAUUAAAAAGGAACACUUUUAAACCGCGGCAGCAUGUGGUAAGUCAAUUUUUCUCUGAUACAUUUUUCCAGCCGUUGGGAUUUUGACCGUUUUCACUCACAUGACACUUUGACCGGUUGUCUCUGGCUGGCAUAAUUGCGCAAAAAACUGCGGUAACACCGUGUGUUGGAGAUUGUUCAGACGUAGACUAACAAACGUUCAGCCACUUUGAAACCAACAUGACAUGAUGAUGAGGCACCCAAGCUUUUCAACAACCACUUGCAGAGAUUUUUUCUUCAUUUUUUCAAUUUGACUCUUGAUCAUUUCAAAUACAAACAUGCCUCAUGCUCGAAAUAGGAACCCUAGCCCCAUCCCUGAGGUAACAUGGGAUACGGGAUUGAAGGAGAUGAACGAAACUUGGAAGGGAGCUAUUGCCUGUCUCGGGGUGGCAGUCUUUUUCGUCAUGACCAUUGGGAUCAUAUACUGGCAAGUGGUGGAUCAGCCCAACAAGAACUGGAUCCUAAAGGGGAGUUAUAGCGGGCUAAUCUGGGAGAGACGGACUCACUCUCUGGUCAUACAGACACUGACAGAAGACAAGACCUACGUGGAGAUUGACGUGGGCAACGUGGGGAACCCCGAUGUUGAAGUGCCGUUUGUCAGGAACCUGUGCUGGCUCAAUAAGACGGAGUUCUGCUAUACAUGGGAUUCGGUGGCGGAUGUUAAAAUCUCUUUGGAGGUGAAUGAGGCGACGGAGACGGAGUGUUAUAGCAUGACAUGGGCGCCGGUGCACUGUCAUGUGGAGCUGAAGGACUGCUUCUCCAUGGCUAACAUGUCGUGGUACGGUGGCGCCAGCGUCCAGAACCAGAGUUGGCCAAUCAACGAGCAGAAUGUCACCAUGCAGCCGUUCACUGUCAGCAACCUCAGGGACAACCCCUCUGGCUUUGGCUCAGUUCUCGAACGCUACUUCCUGGGCUCGUCAGGUGUAGCAGUGCUGGUGUCCCCAGAUGUUCCUCUUCAGGUGGGAAUGGAGAGCCGACAGCAUUUUUGCCUGCAGUCUCCCUCCAGCCUGGAGCGCACCCCGCUUCAGUACACUGUGUGCGUGGGCCGCAACAUCAGGGCUGUACACCAGGAGGUGCUGCAGCAGCUCUCAUCGCCCAGCAGGGAGCUGCCCAACAUGGACGUCUUAUGGUUGCCUUUCUGGAAGCUUCUGGCCAGUGUGGACUCAGGGCCAAAGGUAGAGAGGGAGUUGAGGACCUUCUCCAACCGUCUGAGGAGACACCAGCUGGGAGAGGGGGCCAUCAGCCUCAACGAACAUUCCACUGCCCUCCUCGCCGACAUGGACCAUGAUUACCGCACCAGCAGGAAAAGGGGGACAUCCAAGAGACAGACCAGGGACUUCAGGGACCUCUCACUGAUCAAGCUUCUAAACAUUUCCAUCACCCUGUCCCCGUUCCUGAGCGUGGACACCACCCAGUUCCACAAGUCCCUGCUGGACGGCACUGAGGCCUAUUGGCUCAGCCUCCCCGUAGCCCCACAGGGGCGACUGGUGCCUGUGCUGACCCAGUGGCGAGGGCAGUUCUGCGUGAAACUGAACAUCAGCAACCCAGAGGCGGUCAGCUGGUUCCUGGACCGGGUGGGCUUGCUGCAGGCCCGUCUGGGCAUGGAGUACAUCCAUCUGGAGGGGGCGGAGGGGAACCCGCUUGACCUGGGCGGGGGAGACCAGUAUAUUGGCCAACUGGCAGAUGUGGCAGCCAGAAUAGAAGAGUCGGCUAUCAUGAACGCAGGGACGAGGUCGAGUCACAAGCCUGUGUUUGUGCGGAUGCCUCCUUUGCAGUCUGACUGGAGCUCCUCUGGACUGAAGGGCCUCAUUCCCUCCUUGCUGCACCACACUCUGCUGGGCUACAACUUACUCAUUCCCGACGCAGUAGGUGGUUCUCUAUCUGGGGAGCUGGUGACUGACGAGGAACUGUUCAUCAGGUGGCUGCAGAUUGUAGCCUUCCUCCCCGUCAUCAGCUUUGAGACGCCUCCCUGGGUCUGUGGGGAGGACCGGGUGCUGAACUUGACGCGGGCUCUCAUCGCGUGGCACCAGGACUUUGUGGUUCCACUGGUGACGAGGUAUGCAGAGGACUGGAUGACCUCGGGGAGCCCAAUUUACCGGCCCCUGUGGUGGCUCAGCCCUGAUGACCCCGUGACCUUCACCAUUGAUGACCAGUUCCUCAUCGGAGACGAGGUCCUUGUUGCCCCGGUAAUAGAGAGGGGGUCAGUACGGAGAAAUAUUUACCUGCCCGACGGGGGCUUUCAGUGGCAGGACAGCCGCAACGCCCAGGUGUUCGACGGGGGAACUCUCUUGGAGGACUACCCUGUCGCCCUCGAGGAGGUCGCCAUUUUCUUACGGAGGAGAUCUUGAGGCUCAAGUCACGUGAUUUAUACGUGACCUAUCCGGAUACUAGUUUUGAAUCCUUUAUUUUCUGUUUGACUCGUGCUGUUCUCAAGUUGCACUUUUCCACAAAGACAAUUGACAGAGGCUCGAGACUUCUUCUUGAGAUUAGAUGUGAAUAUUUUUAUACUUGCACUUUACAAUUCAGAACGAUUUGUAUUUUAUCGACGUCGUUUUCUUCUCUCUCCUUCCUUUUUUAAACUUUAAUCUGUUGUACCUCUCGGCUGAUUGUUUCAGGACUUCUUUUAAUCAUUGCUGUUCUUGCUUUUUUUGUAUCUAAGAAAGAAACCUGUGUGUUUACAUAUGAUUCAUUUCUAACGUUUCUAACUGCUGCCGGUUCUCAUGGAGACAUGGAGUACCAAUGCAAGCCCCUCUUUCGCUUCAAAACAAAACAUAUGAAUUUCUAAAGAAGACCAAACGAAGGAAAAGGAACAGAAGGAUAUGGUUUCUGCUAACGGAGAGCCUGGAAGAAAUGAAUGAGAUGAAUGAGAUGUUAGCUUAAUAUGAAAGAGGCUGAAGCAGCUUGGUAUGUCUCUCUCAUUCUUUGGAAAAGCUUUUACUUGAACUUACCUAGGCUCAGAGCUGAUGUAUGAUGAAUGUACCUCAACUUUAGUUUUUCAUUGCUUUACUACGCUAACAAGUCUGUCAAUCAACACACACUUCAAGACUUCGAGACACCACUCUCCUUUAAAGCACUUAUUUUUUAACUCAUGCUCAAACAAUAUGCAGAAUAUAAUGCUAAUAUUCUUUAUUGUACUUUACAACCUUAACAUACACUACUUGACCAAAAGUAUGUGGACACCUGCUCGUCAAACAUCUCAUUCCAAAAUCAUGGGCAUUAAUAUGGAGUUGGUCCCCCCUUUGCUGCUAUAACAGCCUCCACUCUUCUGGGAAGGCUUUCCACUAGAUGUUGGAAGAUUGCUGUGGGGACUUGCCCCCAUUCAGCAACAAGAGCAUUAGUGAGGUCGGGCACUGAUGUUGGGCGAUUAGGCCUGGCUUGCAGUCAGCGUUCCAAUUCAUCCCAAAGGUGUUCGAUGGGGUUGAGGUUAGGUAACUGUACAGGCCAGUCAAGUUCUUCCACACCAAUCGCAACGAACCAUUUCUGUAUGGACCUCGCUUUGUGCACGGGGGCAUUGUCAUGCUGAAACAGGAAAGGGCCUUCCCCAACCGAUUGUUGGAAGCUCAGAGUUGUCAAGAAUGGCAUUGUAUGCUGUAUCAUUAUCAUUUCCCUUCAAAAACAGCCCCAGACCAUUAUUCCUCCUCCACCAAACUUUACAGUUGGCACUAUGUAUUGAGGCAGGUAGCGUUCUCCUGGCAUCCGCCAAACCCAGAUUUGUCUGUCGGACUGCCAGAUGGUGAUGCGUAAUUCAUCACUCCAGAGAACCCGUUUCCACUGCUCCAGAGUCCAUUGGCGGCGAGCCUUACACCACUCCAACUGAUGCUUGGCAUUGCACAUGGGGAUCUUAGGCUUGUGUGCUGCUGCUCGGCCAUGGAAACCCAUUUCGUGAAGCUCCCGACAAACACUUCUUGUGCUGACGUUGCUUCCAGAGGCAGUUUGGAACUCAAUAGUGAGUGUUGCAACUGAGGACAGACGUUUUUGUACGCUCUUCAGCACUCAGUGGUUCCGUUUUGUGGCUGUCUGCUCUAUUUUUUACACCUGUCAGCAACGGGUGUGGCUGAAAUUGCUAAAUCUACUCAUUUGAAUGGGUGUCCACAUACUUUCGUAUAUAUAGUGUAGCUUUUCAAGCUCUAUUCUGGUAUAAGCAACCCAUUUGAGUGCCUUUUUUAUACAUGAACUUGAACCUACACCACUGUCCCAGUAAUAGCAUGCACCGUAUGCAACAGAUAUUGCUUAUAGCAGCUUAGCCCACUCAAAACUCCUACUCUAAUAUGCUGUCUGUCUUAAAAUAUUUUAAUAGGAUGUUCAUUUUUUACUGGCAUUGCUGCUGUGUUGGUGUGCUCUUUCAUGGUAGCCAGAGGAAGCUCUUAAGGUGGCCGCCAGUUGUAACGGAGAUUAAAAUAAGACAGGGAUGUUCUGGGUCUAUUACCCCCCCCCCCCCCCCCCAAAUGGUUGGAAACACCUGUGUGCUGUUUGGCGCAGUUUGGAUGCAGAUUAGAAUGACUGUUGUCAAAGAAUGCAAGCCCCUCCCCCAAUUGUAUACAGGGUGGAUCACCAUUGAGACCAGAGUCUCAUUUGCAAGGGAGCCCGGUGAACAGGAACAUACAAUAAAUAGUAUCAAUACAAUACAUACAAUAAGAGUCAUCAAAACAAACAACUCACAUAUCACCUCCCUUAAACUCCAUCUAAACUGUCCAUUUCAGACAAGUGAGUCAAAUUUCAAGGUGGCCUGAAGGUUAUUCCAUGACCCGGGGGCAUAAAGACAUACAAACUAAAGGCAUUUUUACCCAGGUCAGUGGAGACCCGCGGGACCUCUUUGAACCAGCCAGUCCAGAGAGUGGGUCUGAAAAUGGCUGGAUCUCCAGUUAAUACGUGAGCUGAGUUAGAAGAACCGCUUUAUAUACAAAAAGUAGCCAGUGCUGGGCCCUUCUGGUAGUCAGAGACUCCCAGUCAACAGAGCUAUAGAAAAUGCAGUGAUGUGUAAAAAAAAUUGUCCCCAGUGAUAAAGCUCAGUGCUGAAUGAUAGACUGAAUCGAAAGGGUUUAAAGCAGAGGCUGCCGCAUGCAAGUACUGUAGAUUGUAUCACCAUUGUCAAUUACUGUAGAUUGUAUCACCAUUGUCAAGUACUGUAGAUUGUAUCACCAUUGUCAAGUACUGUAGAUUAUAUCAGCAUUGUCAAGUACUGUAGAUUAUAUCAGCAUUGUCAAGUACUGUAGAUUAUAUCAGCAUUGUCAAGUACUGGGAGAAGAGUUGCUUGAACAAUCUUCCUUCUACUUUCCAAAGUGAGGAAGGAUUUAUUUCUAUAGAAGAAACCAAUCUAAAUUGUCAACUUUUUGGUCAGUUUUUCAAUGUGUGUUUUAAAAGAGAGCUUAUCGUCAAUCCAAAUAACCCAAGUAUUUUUAAAUGGGUAACUUUGCGCUCCAUUCAAUUAGCAAAUAUGAAAGUCCUCGGGGUCAAUAUUACGAGACCUAGAGAACAACAUACAUUUGGUUUUAUUAGCAUUUAGCACUCAUUUAAGAUCACUAAGUGAUUUUUUAAAUUGAGUCAAAACCAUGAUGAAGGUCAUGAAUGGCCUGCUGUAAUGAAGGGGCACAGAAGUAAAUAACUGUAAUCCGCAUAGAGAUGAAUGUUACAGGUCUUAAUAGAUAGACCAAUAUUAUUUACAUAAAUAGUCGACAACAGGGCCCAAAAUCGACCCCUGCGGCACAUCUUUCGUAAUAUUAAGGAAACUAGAUUUGAUAGCGUCAGUAAGCUCACAUUGUGUCCUGUCCGUUAGAUAGUUUGUGAACUAAUUGCAAGACGCCUGAUCACGGUCUAUUUCAGACAAACUUUGAACAAGUAAAAAAUGGUUGACCGUAUUAAAUCCCUUCGACAGGUCAAUAAAUAAGUCGGUACACAUAUUUUUAUGGCCUAAACAAUAUAGCACAUCAUCUAAGACAAGUGUAGCCACUAAAACAGUGCUAUGUUCACGUCUAAAACCAGAUUGAUGUUCAUUAAGAAAAGAAUGAGAAGUCAAAACAGUUUUAAGCUGAGAGUUGGCCAGGGACUCUAAAACUUCGGCAAGGCAAGAUAGCUUGGAAAUUGGAUGGUAGUUAUCCAAGUCAGAAGGAUCUCCACCUUUGUGUAGGAGGAGGACUUAUGCCAUUUUCCAGAUAACUCCAGAAACAAUUGCCAAGUUAAAAAAUAUGGGGAAAGGAUUCUGCAAUGAGUGGGGCAGAAAUCUGCAGCAAAAAGAGAUCAAGUGAGUCAGAUCCAGCGGAUUUUUUUUAAAACAUCGAUCUUCAAUAAGGCACCUAGGACAUACUGUAGACAUCCAGUGGUUGAAAUGAAAAUGAGGAAUGUGUAUCUGGGAAUGUAUUGUUCUCUGCAACCUGGCUCGAGGUGAGUAAAAGGCUCCCUCUGUUGGAAUCAGAGUUUUCAGAAGCUAUUUUAUCAAAUAGGUGACCCCACUGAGGCAAAGUGGUUAUUAAAAAUCUCCCUCUCAAAUGUCCAUCUUAUCUGUUAUGGGAACAGAGGCUGUGGUAACACGCUGGAGUAAUGAGGGGAGGGAGUUUUGUUUAGGAUAUUUGACUACCUUCCCAGAAGGCAGCUGGAUUCUCACCAGUUCAAGAAGUAUGUCGAUUUUGCCUUUUUAACCAGGCAUAGACAUAUUUCUGAAGCGUCUGAAGGACUGCCAGUCAGACUUAAAUUCAGUCAUCCUAGCCUUAGCCCAAGCUACAUAUCUCUCCAGAAGUAUUUCUGAUAGUUCAUGCGUGAACCAGGGAUUAGCUUUUAUCCCUUACCCUUCGUUUCUUGAAUGGAGCAUGCUUAUCUGCAAUAGAGCAAAGAAGUUAAACAGUUUAGGGCCUGAUGCGAAAUGCCUAUAAUUUGUCUUGAAAUAAUGCGAGGGCGGGAUGUAGGUAGCUCUGCAUCUCUUAUGCAGACAACGGGACAAUGAUCACUGAACUCAUUAGCAAAAAUAAAAUUGGCUUUAUACUUAUGAGGGGCAUUUCUCUCAAUAAUAUGUAAAAGCGUAGAUUUUUCAGGGUGUUCAAAGUUGGGGUGAGUUUGCUCAGUUAUCAACUGAGUUAGAUUUAGCUCAAUGCAGAUAUCUUUCCGCCUAUCAGAGCUACAAUAGACUCAUAGCCAGUCGUACAGUGCUAGCAACCUACUGAAUCUUUCGCUGCCAUGACUCCAUGAUGGCACUGGGCCUGAAAUAAUCAGUUCUUUGAAAUUCCGUUUCAGCAGUUCUGAGCUUGCCUUCCUAAUGUCAUUAGAACCCACAUGGACCACUACAGCGACAACCCCCGUUUUUAUGGCAUAAAACAGUAGGAUGCACCCUAGUAAAGUCCUGAACCCGAGCCCCAGGACAGCACAAGGUCUUUGCCCCGGGAACCGAGAUGUUUCACACCAUAAGCUGGCGAUGAUAAAGGCUUGUGAGAUGGCAGAGGCGGUCCGGAGUGUUUUUGUGCCUCACGCCGGCCACAAAACCCAUUAUGGCUGACGGAGGAGCCAGUGCGUCAAGACACCCUUGAGGUCCGGUGAGAGGAGAAGCGCAGCGGUUCGGAAUCUGGGACAGAGUCCCCUCGGGAACUUAGAGGAUCCGAGGCAGGAUCCCCCUUGGGAAGGAGUUUCUUUGGUGCUGGGAAGCCCGACCCGAAUUCAGUUUUCAAACAGCUUUUACCAUCUUGGCUUCCCGAGACUCCAGCGCCAUCGCCCCCCCAACCCGGUCCCAGCACCAAAGAAACCACACUUGCCACAGGCCACUUCCCUCCAUUUGGCCUAUGGUGGGUGACGUGCUUCCAUGGUUGGGCAGCAGAAUUGGUGAAGCUCCGUUCUUGCUCCAUUUCCCAGGGGAGUGGGAGGCUUCUUUGGGGAGGGGUGCCUGAAAGUUUUUAAUCGGUUUGCUAAGAGUAGUCACUUCUUUCCUAUAGUCUUCUGCAAGUAAACAAUUGUUGCAUCGAAACUCCGGUCAGUCCACAUUGUUCCGGGAAGAGUGCAUAGUAAAUAAUGCUCGCUUUUUUCCCUGAACGGGAAAGCAUCCAUGGAAAGAGACAUAGGAACUAAAGAGAUAGCGAUUUCAGGCAGAGUAAUAAAAUAGACAAUAACUGAUUUUCCGGACCUAUACAGGCCGUCGGUAAAUAGACCCAAUAUAUGAAUACACCAAAUACAAAAAAAUAUAUUAAACAAAAUAGACUCCAGCCUGUUAAACUAACUUUCUUCUACAAACAAUUCAGUCUCAAACAAAUGUGUGCGCGCUCUCUCUUUCCAGUGACCCUAACUCUCAUGGGAUAGUUCAGGGAAAUGACAUAUUUAGAUAUGUUUCCUUGAAAGCAGUCUCGGUACAGUGACUGCAAUCCACAGGGCAAUCCAAAUCAUCUCUUAAAUGGAUUGUGUUGCUCAAUGGUUCAGAUGAUUUUGGCAGAACAUUUCAAAUGGGGAUACUAUUUGGUCCCAAAAUGCUAAUAUUACCCGUAGCUAGUUUAACAAAACCAAAUUGUGGAUUGCGGUCAUUUAAGGUAAGAAUUUCUAAAUAUGUAAUUUCACUGAACUAUCCCUUUAAAGAGAUAGUUCACACAGCUACAUCGUGGUUGCUCAUAGUAGAAAUUCAGUGUUUCUGUACUAUUAUUUCGUAAUAUGAUAGCAUAUUUGUCUAACAUAAAGGGCCGGCGGGAACCAUUCAUUGGAUCCAUGAAUUGGCAUCAGUGCCCUUAUCAAGAUAAUAUUGAUAUUAAUAUUCUCAAAUGUAUUUUGAAGGCUACACAACAAUUGAAAGAAGGAUUUACUGUAAAGAUUUUGUAUUAACAUUUGACUGAAUUGUGACCUGAGUGACCUGCUAUACAGUUAGAUAGACAGCCAAUCUGGUUUAGAAAGCAUGUGAUUUGUGUAGAGACUGUCCAAACAUAGAGCAAUGUCUCCACACAUUACGGACCUGCUAAAUGAGUUGGUUAGUGAAUUCAUUAUUUGAUUUACUGUAACUAUACCCUCGGUUCACAAACAGAUUUUUAACCUCAUUCUUUUUAUCCACCAGUGUAUGUGAAAACGGUACAUUUCUAAGUUUUGUAGUCAGAAAGAUAGAAAAGGUUUUCAGCAAUUACUUCCGGCGAUGUAAUUUUCAAAAAAAAAAAGUUUCCUUUGUAACAAAUCAAAAAACAGUUGUUGCUUAACAAAUCAAACCUCGGUACGGAUUCUCUCUGGUUUGUUUGCCAUUCUGGGACCUGAACUCCGUUCAUUUAACUACACCUUUAAUUUUGACAACUUAAUUGAUUUACUUUAAUUUGACUUGUUUACUGUAUACAGAAAGAACACUCAGGUCUACUGUCAGUAGCUAAUCAAAUCACACAAGGUCUACUGUCAGUAGCUAAUCAAAUCACACAAUGUCUUAGAGCCACAGCACAUUGUGAGCAUGAGUCUUAAACGUCUUAAACCCUAUUAGAGAUGAAUGUACUUAACCGUUAUGGCCCCAAUGCAGUAAAACUAACUGUUUAUGUAAAGAGCUUAUAUUUUUUUCUGCUUAUGUUUUUCAGUGUAUGCUGUGAAAUGGUACUGUAGAUGUAAGUUGCUAAGAAAAGCUUGGAGACACUUUUCCCACCACACGCUGAGCAAGCGUGAUCAUAUGUACCUUGUUGUCAGCCCUCUCUUAUACAGUAGGAGGACAGACCGGGUAUUACUAUAACCACAUCAGCAAUGUACAUAUUUCAAUGACUGUACAAUCACAUGUUUUAUUUUUCUCUUCUGUAAAUUGGAGAAAUAGAAAUCGACAAAACUGCAAUAAAGUUUACAUUUUCUUACCGAA